CGCCGUGCCCGGAGGAGCAGCCCCCGCCCCGAGGAGCAGCCCGGGAUGCAGCCGCCCGCGCCCCUGGCCCUGCUGGACACGACAGAAGGGUUUGCAAGAAGAAAGAAGACUUCCCUCUGGUUUGUGGCGUCUCUGCUGGUGGUGUCCAUCUUCAUCCUGACCGUCGGCCUUGCCGCCACCACCAGGACGGAGAACGUGACCGUGGGGGGCUACUACCCAGGAAUCAUCCUGGGCUUCGGAUCUUUCUUGGGAAUUAUUGGCAUCAACCUGGUGGAGAACAGAAGGCAAAUGCUGGUGGCAGCCAUCGUGUUCAUCAGCUUCGGCGUGGUGGCGGCCUUCUGCUGCGCCACCGUGGACGGCGUCUUUGCCGCUCGGCACAUAGAACCGAGGCCCCUCUCCACGGGGAGAUGCCAGUUCUACUCCAGCGGGCUGGGAUACCUGCACGACAUCUACCAGACAGAGGUCACCUGCCACUCCCUGAACAGCAAGUGCCAGCUGAAGGUGAGGAGCAACACCUGCUACUGCUGCGACCUCUACGACUGCCGGGGCUCCGAGCACCCUCCCACCUACUACGAGUUCGUGGGCGUGAGCGGCUGUCAGGACGUGCUCCACCUGUACCGGCUGCUCUGGGCCUCGGCGGUGCUGAACGUCCUGGGCCUGUUCCUGGGCAUUGUCACAGCAGCUGUCCUGGGGGCCUUCAAGGACAUGGUCCCCCUGCCCCAGGUGGUCACCGGGCCGUCCGCUCCGCCUGAGAUCCUCUAUGGCCCGGCCCAGCAGAUCCUGGCCUACGCCAGCUUCUGCCCGGCGCCCAGCACCCUCCCCGCCUGCUCGUCCUACCCGCUGCCGCUCCAGCCGUCCAGCAGCUUUCCAGCCUCGCCUCCCACUGAUCCCUCUCUGUCGGAGGAUGCGCAGCCUCUGCCCCCGUCCAGCUCCAGCUGUGGGCUUCCUGCCAAUGCCCCGCCUCUCUACGCACUAGCCCGCUUCCUCCCAGGGGAGAAGCCGCCCCCCUACACACCCUGACACAGAGGGAGGAGAUCAAAAAGUAAUUUUCUUUUGGUUUGUUGGAAAACAGAGCAGCCUCUGCAAACCCUGCUUCAGUGGCGAACCUCCUGGAGACAUCAGGAGAACGUUCCAGAAUCGGCACCU